UCUCCAUUAUUAAUUUUCGGAAAUUACCGGUUUUCCCUUUUUAUUAUAGCCAUUCGUUCAAUAUUAACUCAUUUCGUUCAUUCAUCAGCUGUGUUGUUUGACAUGUGUUUGUUUUUGUUUUUGGGCAUUAUUUAAAAAAUGGCGGCUUUUUGAUCAAAUUGGAAUAUAAUUUGUUUAUAAGUUAUUGAUCUAACUAUAUUUAGUUUCUUUGGAAACGUUUAUAAAUUUAAUUUUAUCUUAGACUUAGUGCCCUUGUAUUGUAGCUUUAAAAUGAUGACUGAGGUUGACUACCAAGCUAGUAAAUUGCCUAACAAUUACAUGGCUCAGCUUCUGGAUGAACUAGGGUGGAACAGAGGCGACAAAAUACCCCUCGCUGACCCCGACAACCAGGCUCUGGAGAAUCUGCUCAUAGAACGGCAAAAUGAAAUCCAACGACUUUCAGAAGCACUCCAAGUUCAGAACCAAAAACGAGCUGACCUCAACAAGUACAAAAAGCAUGUUCAUACAGAGUAUGAGGAGAACACGCGCCUACUGUUUGCUCACAAGCAGCAGAUGGAGAGCCAGGUGAAGAUGACGCAGGCAGCGCACUCUGAACACGACCGACUCAAGCGAGACAUAGUCGACUACACCAAGCAGAGUGCCGAGCUCACUGGACGUAUAGAUAUCAUUCAAACCAACAUAGCCCGUUGCCUCAAGAAGGCGGAUUCCCUGAAGGAGGAGGUGUGCGGGGAGCGCGGCGCGCUGCAGGAGUGGCGCGCGGCCCUCGAGAGGAAAGCUGGCGAUAUUACAGCUAUUGAACAGUUCACUAAGCAGGACCUAAGUACUGCUAAGGCGUUGGAGCACAAGCGUCAGAAGCUGAAGAUGGAGCACGACAAAGUGCGGGAGCGACUACUACAGCUGGUCGCUAAUUUGAGCGCUGAAGAGCGCGCCGCGCAGAGGAUAUCCGAACAGGUGUUAGAGAGCAUGGAGCAGAGGAAUCAAAUGAUGAGGAUGUGGACGGCGGCCAUCGAGAACCUGCGCCAGCGCGAUACUGACAUCAGACAUAUUAGAGAGGACUACGCCGUCCUGGAACAAGAGUGCGCCUCCCUAGCCGAGCAGUGUCGCGAGCAGCAGCAGUUCCACCAGCAGCAGCGCGGCGGCGGCGAGGAGGCGCAGCGCGAGAACGACGCGCUGGCGGCGCAAGCAGCGCGGGCCAGGCAGGCGCUGGCGCAGAUGAGGGAACUCAAUGAUUAUUAUGAUAGUGAGGCUCAAACGCUGCAGCGCGAGCUCGCUCAUAUGCGGACGGCGCUGGAGAAGCUUCACAUCGAGAACCGGCAGAUCAUGGAGCAGCAACAGAAGAAGGACCAAAUUAAUAUCAAACUCAAUGACAAGUUGGAGGAACUGAAAGAAAAGAUACUGGAGUCGCAGGACAAGUCGAAAUCAUCGGAGAAUCGAGCCAAACAGUUGCAAGACAUUCUCAACGAAGAGGAGCGCUACGCCAGCGGCCUGGCGACGUCGGCGCAGCGCGCCGCGCACUGCGCGUUUGUGGACCAACAGAAGCUGGUGACGCUCAAGAAUGAGGAGAAACUGUUCUAUAUGCAGAUUAAAGCAUCCAGGGCAGUGAUGAGCAAGCUGGAGAACAGACACCAGCAGGUCGAGAAAAAUCUGCAAACACAAAAGGAAACACUUUACCAUAUUUGCUACCAAGUGGAGACCCUCAGCGCCCGCGUCUCCCACAUGGAAGGUUCCAGAGAAGACCAGCAAUCUCCCGAGCUGGCUGCUCGUGAGGAGCGUCUGACGACGGUGUGCGCGCGCCACGCGGCCCGGGUCGCGCUACUGGAGAGACAUUCCGCCAGACUGCAGGAUGAUAUGAGAAGGUUGACGAAGGAGUUGGAGGGGCUGAAUGCAAGACAUACGGAGUUGCAAAGCCGCCUCAAAACCUCAGCGCUCGAGAUAGACGGCGGCACCAAACAACUUACCGCCGCACGGGCCUCACUGCGCCGCGAGCGAGUCGACGAGGCGCUGCUGAGACUGCGCGCCGGACACGCCAGCCGCGCGCUCGCCUCGCUAGACCAGCGCGCCUGCGGGCACGAGGCGCGGCGGGGGGCGCUGCGAGCGGCGAUGGACGAGCGUCUAGUGGAGAUCGCGACUCGUCGGGACAUGUUCAACGUGCAGAAGCGAGCGUUGUUAGACGAGUGCGGACGACUGCGCGGCGAGGUGCGCGAGCGAGAGGGCAGGAUUGAGCAGCUGAAACAACGAUAUGAAAUUUUCAUCACAUCUUUGGGAAGAGACGAGGCGGGCGAGCAAGUCUCCGUCUCUUUCUUCAAAAUUAAGUUUGCAGCAGACCGGGCCGAGCUGCGCGCGCGCGGCGCCACCCUGGACGCUACAAUAGCGCGCUGCGAGCACGACAUCUCCGCGCUGGAGAGCACCCUGCGCGUCAUGCACGCGCAUCUACACAGACACGCGCCUCCACUAGCCACCGCCCGUGUGUACUACUGGGCCACCCUGGACGCGGAGAUAGCGCGCUGCGAGCACGACAUCUCCGCGCUGGAGAGCACCCUGCGCGUCAUGCACGCGCAUCUACACAGACACGCGCCUCCACUAGCCACCGCCCGUGUUACAGUAUACAGGGCCACCCUGGACGCUACAAUAGCGCGCUGCGAGCACGACAUCUCCGCGCUGGAGAGCACCCUGCGCGUCAUGCACGCGCAUCUACACAGACACGCGCCUCCACUAGCCACCGCCCAAACAGAUAUGGCCGAGCUACAAGCAGUAAUGUCCCAGUACUACGAGCUCAGCGACCAGUAUAAAGCUCUGAGGGCCGACCUGGAGAGAGCCGAGCAGGCAGUCAAUGAAGUGGCGGACAGACACCGCAUGGCUGAAGAUAAGAAUAAACAGCUUUGUGCUAGGGAACAAGAAGCCGAAACGGACUUGGAAUCGAUCCGUUCGCGGGUGCUCGCAACGGCCGAUCGACUGGACAAGUCGCGCGACGUAGUGCGACACUACCUACGUCGCGCGCGCCGCCUAUUCGCGCCUGGGGAGCAGUGGCGGACCUUCCAGUUAGCAAUAUGGACGCGUGACUACAACGAGGCAGCAUACAGCUGCCUCCGGCUGCUGCUGCAGCUGAGCGGCGCCGCGCCGGACGUGACGUCACGCCUCGCCGCGCUGCUCAGCUCUACUGACUGCCAGCGCCAUCUGGCGGCGUCGCGCAGCCAGCGCCCUCUCGUCGCGUUUGUGCAACGCAUGAUAGACAACCAAACUCGGAUGGAAAGCACCUCGGCGUUGAACUUAAAAACUGAGUCAGUCUUAUCCACGUCGACGGAGAGCUCCCACAGCGGGGAGAGCAUGGCGUCGGGCUACACGCGGCGGCUGUGCGCGCUGCGCCGCAGCCUCGCGCCCAAGAUACAGGAGCCGCAGUUGGUCGAAGCUAUACCUGAAAUCGUUCGUCGGAACACCAUGUCGCUGCGCGUGGUGACGCUGGGCGCCUCCGACGAGCAGGACAAGCCCGCGCCCGCCCCCAGCAUCCGCCGGAAGUCCUUCUACAAAUGAAUACUAAGACCUAGUUACCUACUGAAAUUAUAUUUCAAGCACUUACCUGUCAAAAGGAGGUUUUUACAAACAUUGCAGUUUCAAUUAGAUUUCGGCUCUAGUCAAAAGGUAAGGUAAAUAAGAUUAACAGGCAUGUUCAAAUAAGAAUUUCUUACUUGAUACUAAGCAGCCUGCAACUAAAAUUAUGUUGGAAAUGUUAAUGUAUGGAGCAUGCUGCAAAUAAAGUUAAAAGCAUGGUUGAUCAUGAGCAUGUGAUACAUACCUAACAUCUUUGCCUAUCUGUACAUCUUUAAUCUAGCAAAACCGACCCUUCGUAGGAAAAUUAUGUUUGAAUGCAAAAUUGUAUCGCAUGAUAUAUUUGAUUAUUAGUAUUGAUUAUCAAAGCAUAUUAGAUUGUAGAUUGACAAAUUCCACAAGAGAUUUGCACUGUCGCCUAAUCAUUUAAUUUUUUACCGUGUAGGUGCUCAACAAUGUGGUCUAGAUUAAAUUUUAUAGCUAUUCUCACUUCACUAGAUGAAAAAAUAUAAAUAUAUAGGUAUAUGCCGUAAUUGAUGAGCACCUGCCUUCGAUUGUUUCUGUAAUUAUUAUUAUUACAGUAAUAAUAAUGUGCCUGAUUGAUAAGCUAGCAACUAUGAUGAAUUGUUUUUAUUGCAUCAAGGUAAUAGCUAAAAAUAUGGUGUAAUACUGAGAAAUAAUAUUUCACCAUGUCUUCGCCAAAUAAAUUGACUGAUUGUGCUUACUAAUAAAAUGAAUAAAAAUAUUAAAUAUUA